GACACCCGCAGUGUUUCCAACUUAGAGUUGGUAACUUUUCAGACCCCCCCCCCCCCCCAAGCGACUUUUUACAAAAAGCGACAAAUGUAACGACUUUUUCCGGUGAUUUCGGCGACUUUUGGAGACAGCCGCGAAAGCCGAAAUCUUCCACCGUCACCGCGUUUAGUGUCAAACAGCAUUCGGACAUCCUCAGCUCGUGAGACAACCACAAGGACUUGAAAAGUUGGCACUGACUUCCGCCGACGCAGCCUUUGAUCCAGCCGGCGGAACGAACGAGCUGCAGCAAUGUUGGGGAGAAGAUCUCUGUUAGUGGCCCUCCUGGCUGUAGCUGUUGGAGUAUACCUGCUGCCGUCUCCCAUCGACCCCAAACCACAUGUACUGAAGGGGCCUCCUCCGGCCCUGGAGGGGCCGCUGGGUGUCAACACCCGUCUGCAGAGAGGCCGCAGGCUGUUCACUGGAAAACUACACGGACCAGAAUCCUUCACUGCUGAUGAGCAUGGUAACGUGUACACAGGAACAGUGGACGGGAAGCUGUGGAAAAUCGGUCCUGAUGACAGCCUGACCUUCAUCACUCAGAUGGGACAGAAUCUCCCAGAAUGUGGCAGCAGUACAGACUAUGAGCCUGUGUGUGGUCGCCCUCAUGGCAUUCGUUUGGAUCGUCACGGUCAGCUGAUCGUUGCCGACUCUUACAUUGGGCUUCACAGCGUGGAUCCCAAAAACGGAGAAAAGACUUUACUCCUGGCUAAUUCAGAGGGUGCCGAUGGCGUUCCCUUUGCCUUUUUAAACGGGCUGGAGAUUUCCUCCCAGACUGGAAUAAUCUAUUUCACCGACUCCUCCAGUCGCUGGGGACGCAGACACGUCAAACUGGAGGUGAUUGAGCUGAACAGCCUCGGUCGUCUCCUCUCCUACAAUCCCCGGUCAGGAAGCGUGACUGUGCUGCUGGACUCUCUCUACAUGCCCAACGGCAUCGUCCUAUCACCUGACGAAGACUUCCUGUUACUGGCAGAGACCAGCAUUGGACGCAUACUGAGGUAUUGGUUGAAAGGUCCAAAAUCUGGUACCAAGGAGGUCAUCAUGGACAACAUGAUUGGUUAUCCCGACAACAUCCGCCUCAGUGACCAUGGGACAUUCCUGGUUGGCAUAACAACACCUCGCUUUCGAAAGUUCAUGCCUCCUUUCCUGGAUAUGAUUGCUCCGUACCCGGCGGUCAAACGCUUCCUGGCCAAGGUUAUUCCGCUGAGCUGGUACAACAUACUGCUCCCACGCUACUCUCUGGUCCUGGAGCUGGGAUUAGAUGGUGAACUUGUGGGAACACUUCACGACCCGGAAGGCCGUCUGACGUGGGCCAUCAGUGAUGUCUUCCAGCACCGAGGGAGAACCUACCUGGGGAGCACAGAUCUGCCGUUCCUGCCCAUCUUGGAGGGCUGGGAUAGCUAAUGAUGAUGGAUGACAGCUAAAGAGUCCUUCUUUUAUGCGGAUGCAGGAUUCUUCCCAUUAGGACAACCACUAGUAGUUCCAGAGUGCUAAACUGAGCAAACGUCCAGAAACCGGAGAGGUAAGACUGCUCAGUUUAAAGAAAGAACAAUAAGAGGUUCACUGAACUCUGAGCAGAUGACACUAAUCCUUCUUACUCAACGCUGAAAAGCAGAAAAAGUGACUUAGAAGUUAGUUCAGAUUAAGCAGAAACUUUAAAUCAAGAGGGGAUGAAGAUAUCCUCAGUUAAGUGGCUUAAAAGCCGUUUUUGGACCGGAUGCCUGCAGGAAAACAAACUGUAAUAAACUGAAAUAUGACUGUAGAGACGCCUGCUGUCUUUCCAACCAUCACAGACUUUGAGUUUGCCUCAAAGCUACCACUGAGACUCUGGCCUGAAUUGUCAAACUUCUUUUCUUACAUUUUUUUUAAAUUAACCUUAUAAAUGUGAAUUUUAGACAGUCUUAAAAACUGGGAUGUUUAGUAUUAAUGUUGCAAAGUUAGUCUUAAGUAAAAAUUUUUAUACUAUAACAUUCCUCUGAGACUCAGUCCUUGAAUCCUCAUUUUUAACCAAAUAUCUUUGCAUUUGGGAUGACAUAACAGGAAUUUUGUAACAUUUGACCACAAUUCGUCCAUUAACCUAGAUAUUUAUCGUCAACUUCAGCUUACAGUUUUUUGUAUUGUACUGCAUUUUGUGAGCAAAUCUGACUAAAAACCUGACUUACGGUUAGCUUUCAAGAGGAGAUGGAUUCCUGCAAACAUCGUCAUGAAAACGGGUCAAAACAAAUUACUGUAAAUGUAAUCCCAACAUGUAAGAUGAAGUUCUCAUUCUGUUUGAGCAUCCACCAUCUGAAGAGCUUAUAUGAAAGAGAGGCUGCCCUUUAAAAUUUUAAAAGUUCAGGCUUCUCACAGGAUGCACUGAGGCUACAGAAAAGCCCAUAUGAGGGAAUAACUGAAACAUGCAAAGCAACUCUUGUAGUCAAAUAAAAAUAUG